AUUUGCUCAUCCGGGCUUACGCGCGCCGGCCGGCUCAUCAAACUGAUUGCAAACAAGCGUUUGCGCUUACAUACAUCCAUACGUCAUAACGGAUGAAUCUUGACGCGCCGUGAAGCGGUAAAACCCACCUGGCCCUGUACUUGUUGCUUCCCUGCAACCGUCAGCGUGGGCGUCGCGAGACAUGCUCCGCGCGCUCUUCAUCGUCUACGCCGUCGCGUCAAGCGCUCUACUCGACGACGCCACCGCGGCCGACGCCGAGACGCGGGCCGAGCACAUCGUCCAGCUCUGCGCCGAGCACCACCGCGACGCUGUCGGCGCGGCCUACCCUGACGCGUACCACAUCCGCCACCUCCCGUCGCUCCGAGGCCUCGUCGUCGAGGCGACUCAAGCCGAGGUCGCGGCGCUCAAGAGCCAUGAGGGCGUCUGCAAUGUCGCGCGGUCGCACGAGGUGACGCACCGCCCCGACGCCGGUCGCCGGCUCGACGUCGACGCGCUCCGGAGGAAUAACGAGUGGUGGGGCAAGAGCCACAACCAGGGCAAGCCCUGGAACCUCGACCGCGUCAAUGGUAAAUUGGACGGCAACGACGCCUUCGAGGUCUCGAGCAAGGGGACCAACGUCUUCGUCCUCGACACGGGCCUCGACACGCUGCACCAGGAGUUCGAGGGAGAUAGGGAGGUCGAGAACGUCGGGUCCUACAGCAACUUCCACCCCGGCGGCGUCUGGGAAGAUAAAGAAGAGUGGGACCUGACCUCGGAGAACAGGGCCUGGCUCAAGGACAACAACGACAGCGACGGCCACGGUUCGUUUCCAGUGCCAGUAACGCCAUCGCCGCGACUCGCGCGUCGACGACGUAAGACCUCACCGGCACACAGGCACGCACUGCGCGUCGACGGCGGCGGGCAAGAAUUAUGGAAUAGCCCCCCUAGCCAACGUCUACGGCAUGAAAGUACUACCAGGAGGCUCGGAGGGCGUCAUCGUGCGCGCGCUCGACAGAGUCUACGACUUAGUCAAAAGAAAAAAAGUGAAGGGUCCGACCGUCGUCUCCAUGUCGCUCGGCGGGAAAUGUAGAGAUCAGGAUGGAAACGAAGGCCCCGGUACGAAAUACUGCGCCUUCGAGACGCACUACGCCCGAGCCAUCCGGGACUUGCGGGAUAUAGGCGUGUUGACGGCGAUCGCGGCCGGGAACAACGGCGAGGACGCCUGCGAGAUGGCUCCUGGGGCUUCAAGGGACGCCGUCACGGUGGGCGCCACCAACAUUAAUGAUAGGAUCACGUUCUUCAGCGACUACGGGAACUGCGUCGACGUCAUGGCGCCCGGCGAGAAUGUGGCGGGAGCUGCCUCGUCGCGCGAGUAGACGCCCGAGCGCCAGUGGACGGGCGCCGCCGCCUCGGACUCGAGCGGGUCGCUCGAGGCGCCGGCGGCCGCGCGCACGCCGGACAAGUAUCGGCAGGCCGUCACCGGCUCCGCGGCGGCGUACUCGGCGACACCGCGGCGCCACGCACCCAACGGCGCCGGGCCCGUGGCGUACCGCAGCCCCGCCUCGACGCCGUCCUCGGCCGGCUCGAAAUCGGCGACGUAUUGGCGCGAGCGCGCUGCGGCGACGCGGGGCCGGGCGCCGCCGCCGUCGCACCUC